UAAAGUUUAGAAGCUUUGUGUAUGUAUAGAAAUAUAAAAUGGAGCCAGAAAAUCUUCAAAGUGUUCUGCAAGAAGCAGGCAUACAAGUUGAUAUGAAAAAUCUUCAAAAUCCUACAGAAGAUUUCAUGAUUUAUCUUAUAAUAGAAUAUUUAAAUAAAUUUCAUUUUGAUGGACAUGAAAUAUCUAAGUCAACAAUGGAGCAGCUCCAUUGUGUUUCUUGUAUUGAUUCUGCAUCCGAUGCUAUUAGAGUUAUAAAUUUAUAUUCAUCUUUAUCAACUGUAUGCAAUGAAAUUUUUUUGAAAGAUUUAUGUCUUACUGAUAUAACAAGUCCAGGUCCUAAAAGAGCACGUAAGCAAAUCAAGAUUUUAUUUAAUUUUUUUGCAUAUGUUAGAAAUAAGAUGGUUGAAAAUGAAAUGGCAUUCAUAGAACUUGAUAAUCAACAAAAAUCUAUGGAAACAAUGAUUAUUAAAAAAGAUUCUAUAAUUGCAAAAAUAGGAGCAAUAUUAAAUAGUAGAGAGAAUAAAAUGGAAAUAAAACAAGAGUUACAGCAAGAAAUAAAAAAAAUUAGUUUACGCAUUGAUGACAAUAGUAAAAAAUGUAAGGAAUUAGAAUAUCAAGUUACAGGAGUCAUAAUACAAUAUCAAGAUGCUUAUAAAAAAUGUAAUGAUCUUAAAAGGAAUGCUAUAAAGUUACAUAAAGUUACAAAAGAAUUACAAUCUAAAAUUGUGAAAUCUCCAGAAGAAUAUGCAGCUCGAUCAACAGAAUUAAAAAAAGUUCUUGAAUUAAAAAUAGAAGAAAGACAAGUUCUAAAUGAUUCUAUUACACGUAAAAAGUUACAAAUUAAAAACAAUGAAUAUGCUCAAGAAUUAGUGAAAAAUCUUAAUGAUAAAAUUUUAAUUAAUACAAAUGAAAUAUGUAAACAAUUAAAAGAGACUUCAGAGAAACUAUCAUGUGUAAAAAAAGAAUUGGAUUUAUUAAAAGUAGAUAUAUCAAAAUGGACAAAAAUAGAAAUAAAUAAUUCAGCAGCUGUUUUAAAUACUAAAGAUGUAAAAAUAUGUGACCAACUAUUGUUUGAAUUGAAUACUCAUUGUAUAAGUAUAGAAAGAGAAUUUUACUUACAAAAAAAUCUUUUGGAAGAA